CCAAUCCCCAAAACCACCACCAUCUCACCCCCUCUCACCAACACUCAUAAAACCAACCUGCCCCUCACCCGAAAUGGCAUUCCCCUCCACGAUCGCGGCGGUCUUAACGGUGGCGCUGUUGGUAGCUGCCACCGGACUGGCGGAGGCGCAGUCUGACUGCGUCGCCAAGCUGGUGCCCUGCGCAGAGUACUUGAACUCAACAAAUCCAUCGGCGACCUGCUGCAACGCCAUCAAAGAAGUGGUGUCAACUCAGCUUGACUGUCUCUGCCGCCUGUACAACAAUCCGGAUCUUCUCGGCGGGAUUAAUAUUACUCAAGCGCUUUUGCUCCCCAAAUACUGUAAUCUUCCUGGCGACGUCAGCGCCUGCAACGCUUUGGCGCCGCAUCCCUCAUCUGUUCCUCCUCCAGCCGUACCCGGUGGCGGCGGCGGCGGCGGCAAUGCUGCAGGCAGGAUUUCAUGGAUGGGGAUGCCAGCCCUUCUCUUGGUGUCGGCUCUCUCCUUUUUCUAUUAAGUGAUAGCUUCACGUAUAGUUGAAGGAAUGACCGAUCGAUCCUCACCUCGCACAUACUUUGAGUAGGAUCACCAGUGGUUGAGAGCUUAUACGGCUGUUUCGACGAUUAUUUCCUUGCUCAUUGAUUAUUUCCUCUGUUUUCUGUAUUUGAGAUGAAUUUGGCGAUGUUGAGACUUCAUAUGUAUCCUAUUAUACGGUAUUUCUCCUUGUAUGACAUGAUUACAUUAUGUAGGUCUUUUUGUAUGUAUGAUUAUUUCAUGGAUGGUUGAUAUCUAUACAUUAUCUAUAUUUUAUUAUUA